ACUGCCUCACGGCGCAUGCGCAACGUCCCGGCCGUGCCCAGGGCCGCGGCGCCCGGCGAGCCGCCCCGCGGGCAGCCUAUCGCCGCGCUGCGCCGCGGUGCACUGUGGGCAGGGGGCGGGGCGCGCGGCGGCGGCCGCUGGCGGGGCGGGGCGGGGCGCCGGCUCCCGGACGGCGCCGGUAGCGGCGGGGGGAUGAGGCCGGGCCGCGGCGCGCUGCCGCUCCUCGGCUGCCUGGCGCUGCUGCUGCUGCUGCUGCCGCCGCCGCCCGCCGCCGCCGCCGAGUUCAGCUCUUCCCUCGACAGCGACUUCACCUUCACGCUGCCCGCCGGCCGCCGGGAGUGCUUCUACCAGCCCAUGCGCAAGGAGGCCUCGCUGGAGCUCGAGUACCAGGUUUUAGAUGGAGCAGGAUUAGAUGUUGAUUUUCAUCUACUGUCUCCAAAAGGUGAAACUCUAGUUUUUGAUCAAAGAAAAUCAGAUGGAGUUCAUACUGUGGAAACAGAAGAUGGUGAUUACAUGUUCUGCUUUGACAACACAUUCAGUACCAUUUCUGAGAAGGUUAUUUUCUUUGAACUGAUCCUGGACAACAUGGGAGAAGAAGGAGGACAAGACCGAGAGGACUGGAAGAAGUACGUUGCAGGCACAGAUCUCCUGGAUAUGAAACUGGAAGACAUUCUGGAAUCCAUCAACAGUGUCAAAGCUAGACUAAGCAAAAGCGUCCAGAUUCAGACCCUACUCAGAGCAUUUGAAGCUCGUGACCGAAAUAUACAAGAAAGCAACUUUGACAGAGUGAAUUUCUGGUCCAUGGUCAACUUGGGAGUAAUGGUGGUGGUAUCAGCUGUUCAGGUUUACAUGUUGAAAAGUCUCUUUGAAGAUAAGAGGAAAAGUAGAACUUAAUAUUUACUAUGAUCAUAAAGAUAUAUAGGUGGGGGGAAGCAAUAAACUGCUACAGAAAAGAAACAAAGAAAAACGUGACCUUUCAGAUUCUCUUGAACAGCAGUAGACACAUCAGGUUUCUAAGUCAUGGGGCUUUUUAACAUGAACAGAAUGCCUUGCCCCAAGCUCUUCCAUCUUUGCAAGUGCUAUUAACAAACACUUAGUUGUUUUUCACGCUUGUAGCAUUUGUUAAUCAUUGUUAAUGAGUAGCUUAUGCAUAGCACACAGGAUGCGGGUUCAUACGCAAAGUAAUGUUAAUACUGUCAUCUUUUUAUGUUUGCAAAAAACUUUAAAUGGUAACUUAGAUUUGGUUUGUUUGAUGUUAAACAUUGAGUGAAUUUAAAUCUGUGCCUACAUGUUUACAAGAUUGGGGCUCACAGAGUAGUCUGUGAUUACCAUCAUUUAUCGUCAAAGCAAAGUGUUUUUUAAAAAUCCUCAGCUUUUGUUGUACAGCAUCAUGUAGAAACACUGGGUUAAUUCUCAUUGUGAGAACAAAAUUACAGCUUUUUUAUUUUUUAUAUACAGAUGGCUAACAUCAGCACUUUAAACACUGUCAAUGUGAAAUUGAGUCAGCGUUGAAAAGAAUUGGAGAAAAUAGGUGCAAUUCCUCUUCAUAAAUCUUUGUCUUGUUUUACAAUCCCAUUUUCCUUUUUGGCUGUUACAUGAGAUCCAAGAUACAACUGACUAUGUGGUGUACAGAUGGAUGCACACACAAAUUGGAGCAUGGUUUGUGAACUCUUAGUUAUUAUAAUUUCAUGUAAUAGAUACAUUUUCAAGAAGUCAUUUCUCAUAUUUUUUCCCUUUUAUUUGCCAUUUUUUUAUUAGUAUUGGUCUACUACAUGUCUAAGACUAAAGCAGCAAUUAAUAGUACAUCAAAAAAGCACAGCUGCGCAUCUGAAUUUUUCCUUUUUGCUAACACGUCUCUUAGCUGUGUAAGUACAUUCUGUUCAUAUGAGCAGUGUUUGUAAAUCUAGCUGUUUGUAUGAGUAAGGAGGCAUGAAUUAAAGGGAGCAAUAAGCACAGGCUUCAAAUUUUAGGAUUAAAUGAAUAUGUUACAUGACUUAACUAAGGCAAAGUUAUCCUCAAAUCUCUGGCUUUUCAUAGUACAUUGUGAGUAUGGAAAACUUGCCAAAAACCUUAAGCUUAUAUGAAUGAACUUUUUUUAAUAGUUCAAACUUAGUUAUUUUUACAAUGUGCCACGUCAUUGAAAUUCCCUACAGAAAUGAACUAACUACAUCAUUUCAUCACAAAGUGUUUUAAAGACAAUGAGUGUAUUAGUGUUCUGCUUGUUCUUAGUUUAUCUGGGUAUUAACAGCAGAAUUGCCGCUUUGAGACUUUCUGGGAUAAAAUUAUUUUAAGGAGAUAAGACAGGUUCGAUAUAUGAAUGAAGAAACUUCAUUCAAAUUAAGUAGAUGCUAGCAAGGGCUACAGUACACAGGAACUGCACUUCAACUUCAGACAAUGGGACCUAGCAAUAAUAUUUCUAGAUAGUUUUUAUAAAUUAAAGUAUUAUUCCAUAUAGAACUUAUUACAAAGGAUGCCAAAGGCUGUUAAGCUACUUGUCCCUUCUGCAAAGUUGUGUCCAAAAUAAGACUGUUUCCCUUCAGGGUUCUGCAUACCUCCUUUUCCCAUGUGAUGCUUUCUAUUCUCAACUGCUUGGAAUUGGCAAGCUUAUUCAUUUGGUCAGGACAAAGCCUAGGAAAGGUUAACUCUUUCUCCCACUGUGGCAAAUAUUUUUCUGCCAUUUCUGCCACAUCUCCCAGCAGUAAAGUAUCAUGUAUCUAUAACAGGACAUAAACCAAAGCUCACUGGAGUCAACUUUCAAGAUUUGGAUCAGGUCCCUUCAGGACAGGCAAAUCAAGAUUCUUAGGGCUUUGUCCCUGUUGCUGGAAGAAAGAGAUCUAUCUUUGCCUGCAUCACCAAAAGUGUGAUGCUACAAACCAUCUGCAAAAUACUGUAACAGCUCUGUGAAACUAAGACAUCUACCUCUCAUAUUCUUAUAUUUAAGCUACUAGAUUCUAGCUUUCAGCUCAGAUUCACCUCUCAAGGGAUUAGGUCCACAGCUAAUCUGUUCUGCCUCUCUGCCAGAGGUUAUAUAUCCAGUGCCAAAACAAGCCAGAAUGUGCUUGCGCUUCACUUAUCCUAGUUCAGUGUGGUAUAUUAGCUUAAGUUGCUUAUGAAUGCAGGCUUCUGAUAAGACACCAGACUAAACUGCAGCAGCUUCUUUGAUUAGGGACAGCAGUCUCUGGUACAGGGAAAAUAAUGCAACAAUUAUCAGCAGAGUUUAUCUGGAUGAAAGGAUUAUUUUCUAACUAAGAACUCUUACUGAAUUUCUCCCCAUCCAAGUUUGGCUGGUUAUAGAAAAUUUUAAACAGGGAAUAAACUAUAAAGGUUAACUGUGUUUUGACUUUAGCAGCUGGAAAACAUGUAUCAUAAGUGAAAGAUUUGGCAUUUAAACUUGCAGUUAAAUAAAAUUUCAACUGGAUUUUGAAGAGCAGGUUGGUUUUGAUUGUAUAAAAUGUACAAAGGAGAACAUCAAUCUACAAUAGUUUCUUUUUCUUAAUGGAUUUUUUAUUCAGAAUUAAAUGUUUUAAGACUUGCAGAUAUUGAAUAAGAUUAUGCAAAACCCUGAGAUUUUCAAUAAAUGAAGCUUAAACUUG